AUGUCAUCAUCAUCUGCCUCUACAUCUUCAUAUUAUUUCACUAUUAUAGGAACAAAAGAUAAUCCUUUAUAUGAGUUAGAAUUUUCAUCAUUUAAAAGUACAAAUAUAACAUCUAGUGAUAAUCAAAUUCCUGGAAAAUCACAAUUUACACCAUCAACUAAAGAAUUAUUACCAUUUAUUGCAAAUUCGUCAUUAGAUCUAAUAGAAGAUCAAACUUAUAGUAAUUCAAUUUUAAAUCUUGGUAAGAUUGAUCAAUUUUAUGGAUUAUCUAUAAAUGCAUAUAUUUUACAAAGUCAAGUGAAAUUUAUCUUAUGUUAUAAUUGUAAAGAAGAAACUUCAAUAAAACAAUUCUUUCAAGAAGUCAAUGAAUUAUAUGUUAAAUAUUUGAUGAAUCCAUUCUAUAAUGUCAAUGAUGCAAUUAUUUCUCCAGAUUUCGAUUUGAAAAUUAAACAAUUGGCAAGAAAAUAUUUAUAA